GGGCUUCUCUCUCUCUCUGCGCUACGUAGUUUGAGGCCCUCUUUCUCUCCUCUCUCUCUCUCUCUCUCUCUCUCUCUCUCUCUUCUCUGGGCUACGUGCGACGUGCUUCGUGCUACGUGCUUUGGUGAACUUGGUGCUUCGUACACAUUGCACGUGGGACGUGCCAGGUCCUACUUGCGUCGGUGCUGGCAACGUAAAUCUGGUCUGGUUCUACGUGAUUCGUGAGCUUGGUGCUCCCUGCUUCGUGAGCUUGGUGCUGCUGCUUCGUGAGCUUGGUGCUACGUGAAUUAGCACUGUUGUUACAGGACUGGAAAUUUUAGAAGACUUUUAGAGCAAGGUUUUGCGGAAUAAAAUAUUUGUGUACUUUGAGGCGCGGUGUACUUUUGCGGAACUUUGAGAACUUUGGCGGCUGCGCGAAAUCGUGGCCGAAGGCUCGCGCAUUGACGGUUGAUCGUUGUCGGCUGGAGGACCGUCGGCAUGGCUGACUCAAACCGCUCAUCUCCAGAGAGCAUAAUGCCUUUGUCUCCUCAAUGGCUCAUUGCACGCCCGUCUGACAGGGCGGGAACUACUAAUGUGGGUGCUGAUGCGAGCUUGGGGGGUCCUGGAGAGGAAUUGCUAGAAAUUACUGUGGCUGAUCCGGUGAAGCAAGGUGAUGGGGUUCAGGCUUAUGUCUCGUACCGUGUUAAUACGAAGACGAAUUUGCCGAACUACCGAAGGAAGGAGUUUUCAGUGAUCCGCCGCUUCAGCGAUUUUCUGUGGCUCCAUGAACGUCUAACUGAGACCCACCGAGGAGUCAUCAUACCUCCUUUGCCAGAGAAGAACGUUGUCGAGAAAUUCAGAUUCAGUGCGGACUUUAUUGACAUGAGGCGUCAAGCACUUGACAUGUUUAUCAAUCGCGUAGCAGCCCAUCCAUUGCUACGCCAGAGUUCUGACCUGCAGCUCUUCUUGGAAGCAAGCGAAGAUCUCUGGAGCUUGGAAACCGCACGUGCGCACGAGGCUAACUUGCUGAAGAAAAAACCAUCUGAUUUCAUGCAGCUCUUCAGGGAUGUUCAGGCCAAGGUUGGAAGCAUGGUGCUUGGCAAGGACAAAGCUCAGUCAGAGGUGGAUGAAGAAUACGAAAGCUUGAAGUCCUAUGUGGCAGCAUUAGAGACCCACCUAGCAGAGGCACGAAAACAAGCAGAGCGGCUUGUGAAAAGACAGCGAGACCUUGGACAGGCACUGGCAGAUUUUGGAAUAGCAGUUUUGAUGCUGGGAGACUGUGAGGGGGGUUCGCUGGGGCAUGUCUUCAAGGAGCUUGGAAAGCGGUCGGAUGCUUUGUCCGCAGCAUCACAGAAGCAGGCCCAAGAGCUUACGAGCAAGCUAGAGCAACCAUUGAGAGAAUAUGUCCGCAUGAUCCUCUCGAUAAAGCAUGUGAUGUCUGACAGGCAGAGUGCACUAAGCCAAUGGCAGCAAGGCACAGCGGAGUUAGCAUCGAAGAGGGUGAAGCUGGAGAGACUUAAGCAAGCACAGCCACCUGUGAGAGCAGAAAGGAUUGCAGAGAUGGAUGCAGAGAUUGAGGAGUGCAAGAAAAGGGAAGAGGAACUGAAGAGAGCAUAUGAAGUGCUGGUGGAGACCAUGCAUGCAGAAAUGGUGAGAUUUCAGCAGCAGAAGACACAAGACCUGGCGACCAUUAUGCGGAAUUUUGCUCUGGCACAGGCACGGCUAGCGGAUGAGACCGCAAAGGUUUGGCAGAGUUUGCUGCCUGACGUUCAGAAUUUACGAAAGCCAGCUGUCGGUGGUGACGGAAACACGCUCGCCUAACCACUGACUGCUUGUUUCCAUCUACACACGGUAUGGCUCAUCAUCUCAAGCCUGCACAGCGGGUGAAUUCCGCCUUCCCUUUUUUGGUAAGUUGGUGCGAUGAUGUAUUUGCAUGAUAAUCGUGUUCACGGAGUGACCACCACACAAGCCAUUUGCAAUGUCAAACACCCUGGUCUUACUCCAGACUCCCUUGUGCCACAUUACUGUUGAAUGAAGAGUUUUGCUGUGAUUAUAGUAUUUUACUCGUCUGCGUUCAGUCGAGAUUGAACUCAGGUCUGUAUUUCAACAGUUUCAGGGAUGUACCAACUGAGUGAGGCCAGUUGCUGUGGUUCACGAUACUCUUACCACCUGGAUCUCUUCUUCUGAUAACUGCUGCUCCCUCCUUGCUGCAACCCUAUGGUGAGGUGAUCGAGGAGAUUUUUGUGAUCAUGCGCACACGGAUCUUGAUGGCUUCGGACAGGCUCUAGAUGUUGACUAGUUUAGACAGGCUCUAGAUCUUGAUGAGCUCAGACAGGCUCUAGAUCUUGAUGACAUCAGACAGGCAUGGACAUAGAGAGCCCUGGAUACGAGGGUUUGGUAUGUGGCUUGCAAAUCUUGAGAUUCAGCGGCAUGGAUGCGCACUGCAUGCACGUGGCCUCUUUUGGCUCUUGUGGUGAAUUGGUUGUGUGUUGUCUCCAUGUCCUGGAGAUCACAUGUUUCCGUGAUGAAGGAACACAUCUGCCAACCUUGUCUGGUGGCCGUUUUUUAACCACGGUCAGCCGGCUGAUUAAGGUUAGCAGGAGAUAAAGCUGUUGAAGGCUUGAAGCAUGUAAAGCUUGCUGAACGUGUUCAUGUCCGGAGGCCAGAUUCCUUGCAGUUUGCGCUGCUUCAGGGCAUAUGUUGUUGAAAAGUGACCUGUAGCAUAUGCCGUUGAAUAGUGACCUGUGGCUUGGCAUGUAGCCAGAGUUCUGAUGCAAAUGCAUAGUGAUCGAUGACUUGUGUAAUGUGUGAUCCAGCGUUCCGAUUUCAAUUGUUUGGAGACAAUGUGAAGGGUACCGUGGGAUUCAAACCCAUGGUGUGAAAGCAUUACGCGUAUCGUACUUAAUCAUGGAUCAUGGAUCAUGGAUCAUGGAUCGACAAGUCAAAUUUGGACCCUGUUCAAGGACAAAUGCAAUGUGGCCCCAAGUACAAGGAGGUAGUUGUUGGUUAUAAAAUUAUAUAAAUAGAAGAAACACCUCUGUCUGGCUUCCUCCUCAUAGCGUCAAGCGUUGCAGAACAUCAAUGGGACCGUGUCACUUUUGCUGGUCUAAGGUGACUGCCUGAGCUAGAUGGGCUCACCCAUGUCACCUAUACGGGAAGUGAUGUUCGAGUAGCAGCUCGCCAGGAUGCGAAAUGCAGUGAGAUCGGGACACAGUUAUGGCCGAGGGGUGGGAAGCGCAGGGCAGUUAUGGCUUCAAAAGGAAUUGACUUCGGGCAUCAUAAGCCACGGUUCAGCAGGCAGAGGGACAAGGGGAGAUUGGAAGGCAGAGAGCGGGGCAUGGAUACAAUUUCUUGUGGUGUGAGAUGAAGAUGGUGGGGGGUUAAGGGCGAAAGGGGAAGGAAGAGGAAGAGCUGGGAGCAGUGCAAGAUCUCUGCCAGCGAGUGCGCAGCAGUGGGUGGUGCUGAGGCAAUGGACGAUCCUGCGUCCCAUGGACUGUUAGAUAAGUCAACAUGUGUGUGGUCAAAGUCAACAUGUGUGUGUUUGGAAAGGGAGAGUGUUAAUGAAGUUGUAACAGUGAUAUAUGUAGGGUUGAGCUCCUUUGGAGAGUCGUUGGGGGCACAUCUUAGUUGCGCUCCUUUGGAGAGUCUUUGCGGGCAGGUCUUUACUUGUGCAGCAAGUUGUGCUCCUUUGGAGAGUCUUUGGGGGCAGGUCUUUACUUGUGCAGCAAGUUGUGCUCCUUUGGGCAGUCUUUGGGGGCAGGUCUUUAGAGGAAGAACAGCUGGUACAUCAUCCAACUAAGCAAGAGAGGGGAAUGAAAAGAAAUGGAGGUGAACUAUGUUAUAAUUGUGUUAUUGUCAACGGCUACAGUACGUGGGGAAGUAGUUUGUGUUGUCAGUUGUCAAUGCUCUUGUCGACACUGUUUGGCAUGUUUCAGGAAAUAGUUGUUGAUCUAUGUAAGUCCUUGUCUUGUCCAUCUUUUUUUUUUUUUUUUUUUUUUGAGCUGGGUUAUCCACUUGUUGCCUGGUCCUCGGUUUGGUUUGCUGAGCACGUGGAUAGUGGACGAGGGGCGCUGUCAGCACUUGGGAGAAUCAGAUCAUACUGUGGUUGGCAUGCUGAUUCGUUCCUCCUUGAACUUUAUGCUUCUGCUUCCCCUUGACGAGGGGGAGUUAAAUGCCACAUGUCUGUAGGGUGUCCUCGAUGAGAGCCAACAACGAAGGCUUUCAGCAGCCUGCCACCUACCAGAUCCCAAAACGUACAGCCAUCGCUCUGUCUCUUAUACACAUCUAGAUGUGUAUAAGAGACAGCGGUGCACCUCGUGGCGCCAUGCGGCCAAAUCGUUUUUGCGGUCUAAUCACCACAUGGUUGAAUUGCUUUUGCCACGCAGAGCAUCAGCAGGGCCAACAAAAUUAUCUGGCUCUG